AUGGAGCUUUUGAAAGAGUCUGUCAGCAAGGAAGGAUGGGCGAAGAUUCAGGGUGCCAUUCAGACGAACGCUUCCUUGGCAGAAUUGUGCGACGCAGCACCAAUACUGAACUCUGGAAGCUACUUUUUCCUGCUAUUUGGGGUUCUAUCGAUGUCGGAUCCUUGGGGGUACACCUUCUUCGGUCACCACACGUGUCUCAAUUUCCUUUUUCGCGGCGAACAGAUGGUGCUCAGCCCGUUCUUCGUGGGUGCUGAACCCAACCUGAUCGACCGAGGCCAGCAUCAAGGCAUCGCUAUUUGCACGGCAGAAGAAGAGCUCGGGUUGUUGCUAAUGCAAUCGCUACAAUCCCAUCUGCAGGACAAGACCCAGAUCUACAAACAAAUGCAUGGCCCUGAUAUGCCAGAAUGGCGCUGGAACCCCGCAGACCAGCGUCACCUAGCCGGCGCGUUUCAGGACAAUAGGAUAAUCCCAUAUGUUGUCAGAUGGGUGCAAUUCGGUUGCAUUGAGAGCUCUGUCCUCUGUCCAACAGAGGAGGACUACAGCUUGGUCUAUAUACCCUUCGUCAGGCCUAAAUUUGGUGACGCAACUAGCCUAUAUCCCUUCAAUAGUCCUGUUAACAUUGAGGGAUUUUCUGGGUGGCAACGGACUGAAACAGUCGACGUAAGUGGCGCCGACGACGGCGGUGGCGAUAUAACAACAACAAGGUCUGUCGUUAUCGCGACUAUACCUGAAUUGUACUCCUUGAUUGCUGACUUUCCAACACCAUACGAGGGCGUGGCUGCGUCAGAAAUGUCAACCGCCCAGCGGGAACAAAUACUACGUAUCGCGGCCAGCCUCCUGGAGCUUCUUCCUCCCCGGCCGCUGCAAGCUCGUCUCCAGCAAAUUCGCAAGCAACUUGACGAGAAUUACUUUUGUUGGAUCGGUGGGUACGGAAACGAUGAUAGUUUUUACUAUCGGAUAUAA